AUGGAGAACAGCAUUAUUCAACAAAUCAGACAGGAACUCGGCGGUUUCAGGGACGAAAUACGAAGCGAUCUCAAGACAGUUAAUAAAAAUAUCGAUGGUCUUCGCAGUGACGUCGAUACCAACAAGAAUGACUUUCACGAGUUCCGAAACAGCAUAACAAAAGAACUACAAGCUGUUGGCCAGGGCCUUCGGAGCAAUACAAACGACUUCCACAAGUUCCGAAAUAGCAUAACAGAAGAACUACAGGCUGUGGGUCAGGGCCUUCGCAGCGAUAUUGAUACCAACAGAAAUGACUUCAAAGAGUUUCGCAAUAGCAUAACAAAAGAACUACAAGCUGUGGGUCAGGGCCUUCGGACCAAUACAAACGAUAUACGCGAGUCCCGAGACAGUAUAACAAAAGAAGUGCGGGCUGUUCGUCAGGAGCUUCGCAGCGAUAUUGAUACCAAUACAAAGGAUAUUCACAAGUUCCGCAACAGCGUAACAACAGAAUUCAAGGCUAUCAGGGAUCGAGAUGCUGCUCUGAGGAAUGCACUCGACCAAGAGUUCAAGUCAGUCGAUGACCGCUUCCAGGAUGUGCAUCAGCGAUUUGACGAAAUGAAAUGCGAAUUUGCUCGAAUCCAAGCAAUCGGUCAAAACGGCAGACUAUCAAACCCCUUUCUUCCCAUCCAUGCACUUCCGAUCUACCUACCGAACCAAGGCAUCACGUACCCCGAAGCCACGCAUUUCCCUAAGAAUGCGAAUGAGUUCUAUGCCCUCAAGCAACCAACCAGUCAGCGACAGACUGCUAUGCUUGCCUACCUCGCCAUGUUCUAUGACAUCUCGAACUAUAAACAACACGGCGAAAUAGCCAUACAUGACCCAGAGGAGACACUUGGGUAUCUCGAGAACAUGUUCGGUCUCGAGGAGGAGAGAUUCGCCCGGUUUAGAGCCCGCGCGCACGAAUUGAAUCAAGUGCCAAAAGCAGCUCCGAUAAAGCGCAGCCAAGUCGCUGACGUGGAGCACCUGUUCCCGCGCAAACGACAACACUCAAGACAUUCUUCAGAUCCCGAAUCGCACUUUACUUACGGACCUGAGGAGAAGCUUGGCUGGCGGCAUAAAAGCUUGUCGAAUCCUACCGAGGCGGAGCCGACCAUUGGGGGAUUGGCCAAGAGGCAUAGAGACUGGAAGCGGGCUCAAGAUGCUGCGAAAUCGUCAGAUGACUCGUCUGAGGACAGGUCCUUGGAAAGAUCAGCUCAAGCUGAAGGGGACUCAGGAAGUACGACGAAUAUUAACACGUCGAGGGAUGACGAAUCGGAACAAGAGCAAAUACCAAUACUGUCACGUCGAUCUUGA